CUGUGAUGAAAUCAGUGUAACGCAACCAGCUGUUCAUAUGUCAUCUCGAAUUUAGGCGACAUCUGACAUGUAUGCUCAUGUAUCAUCUCUUACUCAGGCGCAUCUGGUCACUUCGCGGCACAUCCGAGCAGCAGGGUGAAGGACAGCCGCUGCGCUCCCUCCGCCCUCAAUCACCCUCCGCUAUUGGCCAGCGCGCACCGGCUUCAUUAUUCCAGUCUCACGGAAGCGCGAGACACUCACUUCAGCACGCGGACGAGAGAGAUUCGCGCAGAACUUCGGGGUUUAUCGCUACGGGAGGGACCUGUUACUGAAGCCAAGGGAACGCACGGCACAUGCAUGAGAGCGGCACACGCGAGCGGCUCCCCGGUUUAGUUGGGGACGCAGGAGAGAAGCGCAGAGAUGAUGGGACGCUUUGGGAAGAAGGGACGAUACUCCUGCUUUGGCUUCCUCGCGGUCCUGAUCCUCCUGCUGCCAUAUGCGAUGGCUAGAGGGUCACGUGAUGGUCAGUCGGCAAUGUCUGGAACGCUUCCUCACUUCCUGCAGGAGCCCGAUGAUGCAUAUAUCGUCAAAAGCAACCCCAUCAAACUCCGCUGCCGUGCGAGACCAGCACUCCAGAUCUUCUUUAAAUGCAACGGCGAGUGGGUCCAUCAGAACCAGCACACUUCUUUGGAGCACAUCGAACUGGGAACAGGACUGAAGAUCCGCGAGGUGAUGAUAAAUGUGUCUAGACAGCAGGUGGAGGAUUUCCAUGGACCGGAGGACUACUGGUGUCUGUGUGUGGCCUGGAGUCAUCUGGGCACCGCCAAGAGUCGCAAAGCCACCGUUCGCAUUGCUUACCUGAGGAAGAAUUUCGAGCAGGAACCGCAGGGAAUGGAGGUGCCAAUCAAUGGCAUGAUCGUCCUCCACUGCCGUCCACCUGAGGGAGUGCCUGCAGCUGAGGU